AUGCGGAAAUUGCGGUACCCUAUGGACAAACUCCUGAAAGCUGGAGCCAAAUGGGACUGGAACACGGCCUGCCAAAACUCGUUCGACCGAUUCAAAGAGCUUUUGAUGUCCCCGCUGAUGCUGACGCACUACAAUCCAAAGCUGGAUAUCGUGGUGUCUGCAGACGCCUCGUCCAUCGGCAUCGGUGCUAGGAUCGCUCAUCGACUUCCGGACGGCACUAUAAAAGCAAUCAGUCAUGCGUCCAGAAGUCUCACUCCGGCCGAAGAAAACUACAGCCAGAUAGAAAAAGAGGGUUUAGCCUUGAUAUUCGCCGUCACACGAUUCCAUCGGAUGCUGUUUGGCCGGCAUUUCACUCUCGAAACCGACCAUAAACCACUGUUGGCCAUAUUCGGGUCCAAAAAGGGAAUACCCGUUUAUACCGCCAAUAGGCUACAGCGCUGGGCGUUAACCCUCCUUCUAUACGACUUCGAUAUUCAGUACGUGUCAACCGAAAGUUUUGGCUACGCUGAUCUUCUAUCUAGGCUCAUCAACAACCACAUUCGCCCGGAUGAAGAGUACGUGAUUGCGGCCAUCGAACUGGAGCACACUUUCCAGGAUGCUGUGCAGCAGUCCCUGGAAUUCCUGCCGCUAACGUACAAAGCGGUUCAAGAAGAGACCAAAGCAGAUCCAGUCCUCCAAGAAGUCGUCAAACACGUUCAGCAGGGCUGGCCAACAAAAAGGAGCGACGUCAGUGAAAAUUGUCAGCAGUUCUUCCUUCGAAAGGACGGUUUGUCAGUCAUAUCCGAUUGCCUUGCCUAUGGUGAGCGGUUGGUCAUCCCGUCGAAGUACCAGAAGAAAGUUCUCCAGAUGCUGCACAAGGGACACCCCGGCGUCGAAAGGAUGAGAGCAGUUGCCCGCAGUUAUGUAUACUGGCCGACCAUCGACGACAGCAUCGCGCAGCUCGUUCGUGCUUGUAAGGAAUGUGCGAUGUCUGCCAAAACCAACACCAGAGCGAAACUGGAAUCUUGGCCGGUACCUCAAAAACCCUGGCAGCGACUGCAUAUCGACUACGCCGGGCCCGUCGACGAUUGGUAUUACCUUAUACAAGUUGAUGCCUUCUCGAAGUGGCCCGAAGUUAUCCCAACUCGUCGAAUCACAACAUCUGCAACGUUGGAAAGCCUUCAAGGAAUCUUCGCACGUUUUGGAAUGCCAGAGACCUUAGUGAGCGACAACGGCCGUCAGUUCAUCAGUGAGCAGUUCGAACGCUACUGUGAAAACAACGGUAUUCUACACCUGAAAACGCCGCCAUUCCACCCACAGUCCAACGGAUUGGCAGAAAGGUUCGUCGACACCUUUAAGCGGACUCUCAAGAAAAUUACAGCGGGAGGAGAGGGUCUCACUGAAGCAAUCAACACGUUCCUGCUGUGCUACCGUUCCACACCAAACCGAAGCGCUCCGGAAGAGAAGUCCCCUGCCGAGUUACUGCUUGGUAGACCCCUUCAGACAUCGCUAGACUUGCUUAAACCUCCAACACCGUUUCACAAAAUGGAACAAAGCAAGCAAGACAGCCAAUAUAACCGCAAACAUGGAGCCAAGGCCAUCUACUACAAUCCCCAGGACCUGGUCUGGGCCAAGGUUUUCAAAAACAACAGUUGGAGUUGGGAAGCAGGUCAGGUGCUUGAGCGCGUGGGGAGCGUAAUCUACAACGUUUGGCUGCCGCAGAAAAACACAUUAAUCCGAUCCCACUGUAAUCAGCUUCGAAGUCGUACCGUCUUACCCCUCUGGUUCGACACGUUUUAAUACGACACUUUUUAAAUCGUACCCCGCUUAUACGACACAUGU